AACUUAACAGAACCACACAAUGUUCAGAUCUACCUUGACCCAGCUCACUAAGAUUGCUGCCCCACACCGUUUCUUGGCCACCACUGCCGAAUUGGCCCCAAGAGUCAAAACCUUUAAGAUCUACAGAUGGAACCCGGACACUCCGGAAAAGAAGCCAGAACUUCAGACCUACGAGAUCAACUUAAACGAAUGCGGCCCUAUGGUCUUAGAUGCCCUUUUGAAGAUCAAGAACGAACAGGAUUCUACCUUGACCUUGAGAAGAUCCUGUAGAGAGGGUAUCUGUGGCUCUUGUGCCAUGAACAUCGGUGGUAAGAACACCUUGGCCUGUUUGUGCCGUAUCGAUACCAACACCUCCAAGGAGUUGAAGAUCUACCCAUUGCCACACAUGUUCGUUGUCAGAGACUUGGUUCCAGAUUUGACCCACUUUUACAAGCAGUACAAAUCCAUCCAGCCAUACUUGCAGAGAGACACCGUCCCAGAAGACGGCACUGAAAACUUGCAAUCCGUUGCCGACCGUAAGAAGUUGGAUGGUUUGUACGAGUGUAUCUUGUGUGCCUGUUGCUCCACCUCCUGUCCAUCUUACUGGUGGAACCAGCAGCAGUACUUGGGGCCAGCCGUCUUGAUGCAAGCCUACAGAUGGUUGAUUGACUCCAGAGAUCAGGCCACCGCUGUCAGAAAGGAGAUGUUGCAAAAUUCCAUGUCCUUGUACAGAUGUCACACCAUUAUGAACUGUUCCAAGACCUGCCCAAAGGGUUUGAAUCCAGGUAAGGCCAUUGCCGAAAUCAAGAAGUCCUUGGCUUUCGACUAAACCACACAUAUCGAGAAACAUCCCGGCGACAGAUAAACAACCAGGAAAUUAAUUAUGCACCCCACUGGACCGUCUCCCGGAGUGGAAGGUUCGUCCAUCGGUCAAUUAGCAUCUGUGUCUAUUCUGGAUAUGAUUCGUCUCAUCCCCUUCCAUUCCGUUCUAUUCUCUCUUUUUGUCGCGUGUGCAUGCGCCCACUUAUUUAUUAUCCAAUAUUCUCUUAUGGCUCUCUUUUUGCUCUUCCUGUCUAGUAAUUCAUCCC